AUGGCUCCCAAGGAACAACAAAAGAAAGGUGUCGCCGCCAAAGGCAAGGGUAGCAAGCAAGCCAACGCUGCUGCGAAGUCCGCACUCAAGGGCGGCUUCUCCCACAAGGUCCGCAAGGUCCGCAAGUCGACCACCUUCCACCGACCCAAGACCCUCGUCCUCUCCCGCUCGCCCAAAUACCCACGCAAGUCGAUCCCUCACGCACCUCGUCUUGAUGAGCACAAGGUUAUCAUCCACCCUCUCAACACCGAGAGUGCGAUGAAGAAGAUUGAGGAGAACAACACCCUCGUCUUCAUCGUCGAUGUCAAGGCCAACAAGAGACAAAUCAAGGAGGCAUUGAAGAAGCUUUAUGACAUCGAUACCGUCAAGAUCAACACUCUUAUCCGACCUGACGGCUUAAAGAAGGCCUUUGCCCGCCUGACACCAGAUGUUGACGCCCUUGACAUUGCUGCCACCAAGCUUGCCAUCGUCUAA